AUGAACACGAAACGCCUGCGUGUAAAGAGGAAAACGAAACCGCCGUACCCCCAGCAGUUACUCCAGCCAGCACGGACCGCAUUCGUUGGGUUUUCACACGAAAUGGAGAAAACGGGACUGCCGGUGCUCCCGUCUGUAGACAGCGACCGCGACGCCAAGGCCGUGAUUCGGCGCAUGCGCAUGCAAGGACGACAGCCGGACGCAACGCUGAAUAUUCAGACCUUUCACCAACUGAUAGUAGCAGCAAAAGACGAUGUCGUAGCCGACGACGCCGCCGCCAAAGACGAGCUUAGUUACUACCGAAAUCUCUUGGACGUUGUCAAGGACAAGCCGCUCUUACGGCGGCCUCCGACUCGCACAACACUCACCCCUCCAGAUAUGACGUCGUCAACAGUCAAGCUCCCGAGUUUGAACAAGGGGCUGAAAGACACAAGGACUGGCUGCACCAACACCUCCAACGGGACGCCUUCGUUGUUGGCCCUUCAGUCGAACCAGCUCGACCGCCCGCCGACGCGAAGCAAAGCGGACAAGUCCCAGAGUCGAGAAACCCACAGCGCUAUCAGCAAUGCGCCAUUUAUUCGUGACACAGCUCUCAAACCACCGAGUCCUGGUGGCGCUCAGUUCACCCGAGCUAGUGUCACGCGGCCCGUACGGAAACAACCUGCGAAACUUGUGAAAGCCCCUGGCAGUAUCAGCGCUGACGACAGCCCCCAACACGAGUCGCUGAAAGAAUCAUCGCAAUCUACCAAAGGGUCGAAGCGACAGAGCCGACGAGAUCCAUCGAACAAUCGUGUCCCUGAUGCCCACGAAGCCAGCGAUUCAUCCAUAAGACGAGCGCUUAACGCCAUGGCGGGGCGCGUCGGAACGAACAACCCACCGCCGAAAGACGAACCCAUGCCCGGGGACUCGAACGCUGCGACGGUCCUAAAACCAAUCGACACUGCCUCGGAAAAGAAGUCUCUGCGGAGGAAAAAGGCCGUCAAAGCAGGCGCUGUCGCCGACAAUCAACAGCUGGAAGCGCCAUCUGCAAUUCCAAGCAGCUCCCUCUCGUUCAAGAAGCCCCCUCGCGACAUCUCGACGUCUCCAGCAUUAGCGAAAUCUGCUCUAGACUGUGUCGAUUCGUUCGACGACGACGAGCCAGAAAUCGAUACCGCCCCCGUGUGGAGAGACGAUAUGAUGACGAUGGACAACGGAUACGGCAGCGACGACGAUGGAAUGUAACCCACAAACAGCGCUUCGUUUGGUGAGUUUAAGGGGCACUGGUCGCGGCCUUCAAUGCCUCGACGAUGUGGUCCACAAUUGACGGAACUCCGUCCCGCGUAUUCACUUGGGCAAACACCGUCGGACC